UGAGGCCAGUAACGGUCAGGAAGUGACGGGACUCGGACGUCUCUAGAAGUGUUGUGCGAGUCCGAAAGAAAGGAUAUUUGCAGUGAUCGAACGAUUCUAUCCAUUACAUAAAUAUCUUUUCGUUGGGAUUAAUAUUGUUGUUUUUUUUUCUUUUAAAUUUGGGAAUCCAGUGAGCAGCAAUAAUUAUGUAAAGAUGGCAACUGUGGACAGCGGGACGGAGACACUGUUUUCAGAUGACAGCCCCUGCGAUCUGGGCUCACCCACCGGGGUCUGCGCCGUCGAGGAUUUCGAGAACAAAGCCGAAGAACUCAACGCGCGUCUCGCACCUCCAAACAUCCAACCAUACAGCGGCGUCCUGGAGAAGGGCAAAGUUGUGAUCAGACCCAUAGCCUUCAAGCCGGCCCUGAAUCCUGCGGCGAGGUUCGGCAUCGCAGGAGAACGGUACGGCUCUACGCCCAUCCUCACCAGACCAGGAUCCAGGCUCACCCUCUACGGAAGUAGCAAUGAUUUGCGGCAGAUGAACGCUCACAUGAACAACUACUCGCUGGACAGGAAGCUGAGAUCCGCCGCGUCUUCUCCACCUCUGGCCAUGAGCUCUCUGACCUCCUUGCCGCACAAACUCAUCAACUACGAUAGUCUGGAGAGCGUGAGGAAAUCGCCCGGAUCGACGUUGUCUGGAUCCAUAGUGAAUAAACCGUCUUAUAUAUUGGCAAACGAGGACGUCGGAAGUCUUCUGGAUCUGACACCCUCACCGUCGGAUUCGGGAGUGUCGGAGCUCGAAGCUGCGCUCAGGGACCGAGACUCGGAGCUGGCGUAUCUGCGGCAGACGAUGGAGCACAACGAGCAGGUCAUCUUCAGGGUGUACCAGGAGAAGGAGCGCAGCUGGGAGCGCGAGUUGCGACGCCUGAAAACGGUGCACGAGAACACGCUGAGGACGGCGUCGCAGAAGGCGCUCAAGAUGGAGCAGCUGAUGAUGAUGCAGAACUACCAGUUCGUGCAGGAGAAGAAGCGGCUCGCCGCGGAAACCCAAAGAGCUAACGCGCAAAACGAGAUACUUCUGCAGGAGGUGGAAAUCCUUCGCAACAAAUUGGAGGAGACGGAGUGGAAUUUGUGUCAGAAGACAGGGGAAAUCUCGCUGCUGAAAUCGCAAUUGAAAGACUCGCAGAAUGAGCAGACGACGAAAGGACACGAGCUGCUGCAGAUGAGGAACGAUUUUCGGGAUGCCAGGGAGCUGUUGGAAGAGCGCGAGAGACAGCUCGAGUUUGUGAAAGAUGUAGUGUCCGAGAAGGAGGCGGAAAUCGAUGAGCUGAAGAGGGUGAUAGAACCGAUUUACGUGCAGAGCGGUGAAACGGAGCGUCUGAGGAAGGAGGUCCAAGAGCUUCGCGAAGAACUCUCCGAGGUGUCGAUGAGCGAGUACGAAGGUCUGGAACCUGGGAGGACGCAGAGGCAAAGGGCGGAGCGCGAGGAGUGCGCGAGCAACGGCAGCAGCAGCAGAGAAGAUUUGGAAAUACAAAGACUGAACGCGGUGUCGGAGGAGGCGACCAGACACGAGCUGGUUGGCCUGAAGAGCGAACUGGACCUGAGGAAACGCGAGUUCGAGAAGGAGCGCGUCGUUUGGGCGCAGGAGAAGGAAAAGGUGCUGCGAUACCAGAGGCAGCUGCAGAUGAACUACGUGCAGAUGUACAGACGCACGAGAGCUCUCGAAGUGGAAGUCGAGAGUCUCACCAUCGAACUGGAAUUGGACAAAACAGGACUCAAGAAGUUGCCCAUCGAACUCACCACGCAAACCAUCGAGUUAUGAUGAUGAUGAUGCAUCCAAGAAGCGCCGCGUUUCUUUCUUCGCACAACUUUUUCCCACGUAAAUCCUAAAGCGUUUACUUCCUUGGGUUAAAAGCAAACUCCGAUCCUAGAGAGAGAGAGAGCCUAAGCCCAGACUUAUGGCGCGUUCACAUCGUGCAUUGCAAAUAGUCAGAACCGAAUUAUUUUCCUGUAAACCAAACACUCGAGAUUGGUGCAAAGAAGGAAUAAAAAGCACGCAUUUGAAUGUGGCCAUAAACUGCAAUCCGGACUUUGAGAACCGUAAAAAUGUCCUCUUCACAUUUCCAUCAUUAUUUUUUCUUCUACUUAUCAUUGGC